UUCAGCGAAAUGUUCGUCCUUGCUGAAAUGAAAGAUACUGUGAGGGUAAAACCUUGGCAUUUUGGAGUCGAUCUUCGAGAGGCUAUCGCUACCAAGUUGAAUAAAAAGCUUGCAAACAAGGUCGUUCACAACGUUGGUCUGUGUAUCGUUCUACAUGACAUCACGCAUAUUGGUGACUCUUAUCUCUUUCCUGGCGAUGGAUCGUCACAUACUCCAGUAAGAUUUCGGUUUGUUGUGUUUCGUCCAUUCAUUGAUGAAGUACUCACCGGAAGGAUCCGAAGUUGUAACCAUGAAGGAGUUCAAGUGUCAUUGGAGUUCUUUGAUGAUAUUACCAUCCCAUAUGAGUACCUUCAGCAGCCCUCAAAGUUUGACGAGGAUGAACAGCUGUGGGUGUGGGAAUAUACAACAGAGGAUGGGGGACAUGACCUCUUUAUGGACAUCAAUGAAGAGAUCAGAUUUAGGGUGGUUGAUGAAAUGUUCACUGAUUUGAGUCCUGCAGGGCCUGAGAUGUCAGGAGAAAAAAAAGAUGAGACAGAAAACAAGAGAUCUCCAUACACAAUCACAGGAUCCAUAACUGAGCCUGGGCUGGGACUGAAGACAUGGUGGUCGAGUUGACAAAGAAAUAUCAAUGCAAUAACCUGUAAAAUUUUAUUUAUUUUACAAACAAUGAUGACUUGUCUGUGAUCAAGUAAAACUCAGAUGGCCAGCAAAGAUGCAAACAAGUGCAAGAUUUUGGUAACAUUUACACAAAAUUUUAUAGCUUAGCUGUAAGUGAUGUGCCUCUAGGAUACAACCAGGGAAAAAAAUGUGUCUCAAGUCAUUGUCUUACACACUUGGUCUCUCAAGAUCUGAGUAGCAAUUCUCACAACUAUGUGCUGCUGAUUUCCCUGCAAAUGAGUUAAGAGAUUUGAAAUAAUAUCAAAAUAGCACCAUACUGGAAAAAAGUUUGUAUACUCCAAUCACCUGUAAAUAAAUAAAUGUGCUAAUAAAAUUGUGUCAGUUACAAA